AUGGAGAAAGAUCCCCGGAAGGAAGAGACUGCAAAACCCGAACAAGAAAAAGAAGAGACAGAUGCAGACAAAGAAUUGGGAGCUCCCGAAGCAGCACCGGCUGCGCAAGCUCAAGCAGAGAAUGAAGGAAAGCCAGCGGAGUCGCCUCGGGAACGAAACCAAGACCAAGCGAGCGAUGACGUCAAGGAGCAAGCGCCCUUAGAAGAAGUGAAACAAUCGCAAACAUCAGAUGUUAAAAAGGAGCAUGGAUCAGAUGAGGGAGGGAAAGUAGAGAGAGAAAGUGUUUCUAGACAGACUCCUGAUUCCAUGCAGGAGACGAAAAUGUCAAGCGCUGAAGGGCACACGGAGAAAGCCGAAAAAGCGGAUCGCGAGUCUCAAACGGCCCAUACAGGGUCAGCUGAAGAACCAAAAAAGAGAGUUGAUGUGGACAAGGGUUCAGAAUUAGCGCAGAAGCCAGCUUCAAAGGAACAAGCACUGGGAGACAAGGGUCCCUCAUCAACUGAGAAAACAAAAUCCCAAGAGAAGGGAAGUGUUGAGAAAUUGUCCGCGUCGCAGGAAAAGGCAUCAGUGGAAACCGCGAAACAAAUAGGCGCCUUAGCGGUCUCUUCUGAUAUUACUCAAAAAAUAGAAAAGAAGCCAACAAGCUUUGCUAAAACCUGCGCUUUGGAAUGUUGUUCACUAAUAAUGGUCACCGUAAUGAUAAUCACAUGUGCAGUCGGAUUCUACAUUCUGAUAGCUGCUACUCGGAAAGCUCCCAUUGAAGGCCUAGAGAUUAUAAUGGAGACGAGUACGACUUCAACGACUACACCUGCUCCAGCUUCGAGAAAGCCACUCAAUUCAACAGAACUCCGUGAUGUGAAUGCAACAGAUUUGAUCGGAUCGCUGAAAGGCAUCGGCGAUGAGAUAGCAAGAUUGCUCAAUCAAACCGAAAAUAGUACGUGA